UAAUAAAUAGUAAAAGAUAUAUGUUAUAUAUUUAGAAAAGAAAACACCAAAAUCGAAUGAACACACUUACAAAAAGAGCGAAUUAUAUAUGCCAAGAUUUCUUCCAUUUCUGACUGUCGGACCGCCUUCCUCCAAUCCAUCGAUGAUUAACUUCAGAUCUGGCACGGGAAGAGCAGCGUUCUAUGGCUUUGUGGCGCUGCUCAGGCAUUUUCAGCAGUGCUCAGGUGCCGCCAAUCAUUCCUCUGGACACCCACGAUGUGGACGCCAACUGCGAUGGCCCCGACCUGGAUUUCGUGUACUCCGAUGUGGAUAGCUACCAGAACGAGAUCGCCGAGCUGUACAGCUACACGGAGUACAGUGAAUUUCAGUCGAAUGUAAAGGCAUUCGAGGACCAAAUGGAGCUGUACGACCUGCCGCCCAACUGGCAGAAGCAGGACUCAGCCUCACAGCGCAGCAUUGUGAUGAAGCUCAUCGACCAGCUUGAGGUCUCAAAUCGAACGUUACGAAUGCAGGCGGCUCGGUGCAUCUUGUAUCUGGCGCAGGGCUGUUGGGCCGAGGUGCAAUCGGAUGAGGAGCAGCACCAGAAUACGCGGGACAAUGUGAUUGUGCUCUACGAGCUGGGCGUCUUCUCGUCCUUCAUCGAUCUGCUCAAUAUGGAGAUCGAGAGUGCCUGCUCCCCGGACAUUGUGGCCGUCAAGAUCACGAACGUCACCCUGGUGGACUCGACGGACAUCCGAGUCAUACUCUCUGUGCUGUACAUCAUCACGGAAACCAUUCGCGAUGAGCGCGAAAAAGGCAGUGAGGACUACAAGGAUCUGGCCGAGUCGUUUGUCCAGGAGAUAAAUUCCCCCCUGCCCGAUGGCGAGCUGCUGGCCGUCAAAUUGCUUGGCAUGAUUACGCGCUUCUGCAGUGGCGCUGCUCCACAGUUUCCAAUGAAGAAGGUGGUCCUGCUGCUCUGGAAGGUCUCCCUCCUGGGACUUGGUGGCAUGGAUGUCCUCAAGAAUCUCAAAAACGAGUACCGACUGAAGGUGGGCCUGGAUCCGAUCACAGAGGAUACGCUAGAGGUCACAAAAUGCAUGAGAGCCAGCUCACCCCCCGCCACCGCAACGGAUAUUCUGGAGAAUCAGUAUCCCAAGAGGAAUUUCAAACGAUCCCUGAUGAAGCAGCGCUUCUUGGACGAGCCGGAGCAAAUCGACAUGGAGAUGAGUGGCAACGAGGGAUCGGGAAAUGCCAACAAUGCUGGCGGCAACAACGGUGGCAGCAAUGGCGAGGAGGAACUCCUGCAGUACUAUCGGCCCUUCGAUGAUCCCUCAUCCUCCGCCUCAACCACGGCGACGGCCAAUCCCAACAAUCAGCCCAGCCUCACAGCACCCCUCACCGCAGUGCCCCCAGUGCAGAUCACGGCGCGCCUGCCCUGGACGCCCAAGGUGCGUCAGAAGGACAUCGAUCAGUUCUUGGACAUUUCGCGAAACAAAUUCAUUGGCUACUCGCUGAUUGGGGAUCAUGAGAGCCUGGCGGGCCUGCCGCAGCCCAUACACGAGGGCUUCAAGACGCUGCAGCGGCACAUGUACAUGAGUCUGGCGGAUAUGCAGAUCAAGAAGGAGGAGGACAUUGCCAGGAAUCCCAUUUCCACGCACGAGGAUGAGAUCAAGCUGACGCCCGCAGAGAUCCUGUACCAGGCCAUACUGCCCAAUCUGCCGCAAUACAUGAUAGCCCUGCUGAAGGUGUUGCUAGCUGCCUCGCCCACAUCCAAGUCCAAGACGGAGAGCAUCAACAUAAUGGCCGAUGUGCUGCCCAAGAAGAUGCCGCUGACGGCCACACAGUCGACUAAGCUAACAGUGGACAUGGGCAGGCACAAGGAGAUCAUUGUCAAGGCCGUCUCGGCCAUUAUCCUGCUCUACUUGAAGCACUUCAAGAUCAACCACGUCUAUCAGUUCGAGUUCAUGUCACAGCACUUGGUGUUCGCCAACUGCAUUCCCCUGGUACUGAAAUUCUUCAAUCAGACAAUCACCGAGUACGUCAACACGAAGAACAACAUCCCACUGCUCGACUUCCCCUCCUGCGUGAUCGGGGAGCAGCCGGACCUAAGCGGCGACAGCUUCGUAUAUGGCGCCGACAUGUCCGACAAGCCCUACUCCUGGCGCAAUGUCUUCUCGUGCAUUAAUCUGCUGCGCAUCCUCAAUAAGCUCAUCAAAUGGAAGCAUUCGCGCGUCAUGAUGCUGGUUGUGUUCAAGUCGGCCCCCAUUCUCAAAAAGACGCUCAAGGUGCGCCACGCCAUGAUGCAGCUGUAUGUGCUGAAGCUACUCAAGAUGCAGACCAAGUAUUUGGGCCGCCAGUGGCGCAAGUCCAACAUGAAGACCAUGAGCGCCAUUUAUUCCAAGGUGCGUCAUCGCCUCAACGACGACUGGGCCUUUGGCAAUGAUCUCGAGUCGCGUCCCUGGGACUUCCAGGCGGAGGAGUGCACGCUGCGGGCCUGUGUGGAUCGCUUCAAUCUGCGGCGCUAUCCGGAGGCCACCCAGAAGUGCGGAGCGGGUGGUGGCAGCGGCAACAACGGCGGCGGUGGCGGCACGGCUGCACAGAAUGCAGAGAAUGCGCAGCAGUCAAACAUGAAUGCAGGCAACGGCUAUGGUGGCAAUAAUGGAGGAGCCGACUCGAACGGCUAUGGUGGCAACAACGGAGGAGGAGGCGGCGGCGGCAACAAUAGUGGCAAUAAUCAGCAGCAACAGCAGCAGCUCAAUGACUACGGUGUGGAGGGUGGCUUCCCCAGCGACGAGAUUCUCACACAUUCGGACUUUGCCUUCUUCGGGCACUCGGGCUGGUGGGAUCGCAAAGUGGAGCUGACGGACUACUUUAAGGCAAACUAUGCGGUGUGGCUCGAAGAGGAGGUCUACAACAGUCAAACCGACUGGGAUGCCCUCUAAAAGAAACAAAGAUUAGUUGUCGCUGCCUUUCCGCCUUGACUUGCGGCGGCCCAUAUCCACACCACACCGAUGGCGCCGCUUAAGGCCAUGGCUAGACCCACAACAUAUGCAACAUAUAUAAGCAGAAAAGUUAUUACCAUAAUUCUAAGCAUAAACAAAGUACAUACAUUGAUAUAAUCCGUGUAGUCACCCCCCGAUCAAGAUCACGAUUGGAACAGCAGCAGACCACUUACUCAUUCAAUUGGCAAUAAUAUGGCAGGCCAUGCUGCAGCACUACCUACCCACUACUCACGAUUCUAGCAGGUUGCAUUAACAGAUACGGACACUGAAUACCCAAACUGGCGAUGUCAACCAUGUAUAUUUCAUAUAGCUUUUAGUUUAUAUAUUUAUUAUUAUUAUUUCUCUUGUUCUAAAACGAAAAACACCCCCCUUAACCCCUCCGCUUGGAAUGCAGGAGAUGGCUUCUGUAGCAGAAUAAACAAAUUAAUUAGUUCGAAAUGGA